CUACGCUCUACACACUGACACAGUAAUGUGGCUACAUUCCAAGGCCAUCAGGGCCACCGCGUUGACCCUCCUAGCCCUCGCUAUCCCCACCAUUCAAGCCGCCAAGUACCGCAACAUUGUCUACUUCAAGGAAUGGACCACAUACGCCCCCGAAGGCGACUUUCACUUGUUUGACCUGGACUGGAGUCGGGCCACCCACGUCAAGUACGGGUUCGCCGUGCCGCAAGCUGACGGCACCGUCACAUUGGACGACCCGUACGCCGCCAUCAUCCGCAACUACUUUGACUCUCCGACGAAUGCAACCAACUCAAACGUGGCACGAGGGACCCUCGGCCUGGCAUACAUCCUCAAGAAAAAGUUUCGGACGACGAAGUUUGGGCUGUCGAUUGGGGGGGAGCAGCACAGCGACAACUUUAGCGCGCUGGCCAUGACCGACGCUGGUCGGCGCACGUUUGCGUCGACGUCGGUGCAGCUCAUGCAAGAUUUGGGCCUGGAUUUCAUCGACGUGUACUGGGCGUCGCCGGUGGAAGGCGGCGGGAUCCCCCACACCCCCAACGACAUGCAGAAUUUGGUGCUCUUGUUGGAGGCGAUUCGCAAGGAACUGGCCAAGUUGCCGUUCCCGUCGGAACUCACGGCGGUUGCCCCUGCGACCCAAAAGUCUUAUCGCCACUGGGACACGUACAACGUGUGCUCGUUUGUCGACCACUUGCACGUAAGCUCGUUCGGCUUUACCGGCAACGCGCUGCGGUUCUUGGACCACCACGAACACGGCCAGAGGUGGCUCCAGACGACCAACCUGACCAACUACACCGAACAUCAAGCGAACUUGUACCCCGACCCCAACAACCCCGGCGUCGCCAACUCAGUCGAUGGGGCCCUGCAGCACUACCUCAACGGGGGAUGUCCUUCCACGAAACUGGUCAUGGGCAUUCCGAGCUUCGGCCGGUCGUAUGAAAACACGGGCGGAUUGUAUGGCGCGUACACUCCACCCACGACCGGUUCGUGGGUAUACCAGGGCUCGGGGCUCGGGGUGUGGGACUACAAGUCGCUGCCGUUGUCCGGGGCCGCCGAAGUGUUUGAUCCCAAGCUGGUCGCAGCCUACAGCUACGACCCUACCCGCAAGAUGUUUACCUCUUACGACAAUCCACAAAGCGUCGCCGCGAAAUUGGAGUACAUCAAAAAGUUCAACUUGGGGGGGACCAUGUACUGGUCCGGGGACGCGGACGCCACCGGCGGGUCGAUGCGGUCACUCAUCACCCAAGCGUACAAUACGUUCGGACCAGCCAACAUGGCAUUUUCGCAAAACACAAUCAACUACCCCAACUCCAAAUACGCCAACAUCCAGGAUAGCACCCCACUCACGACCGCGGCGCCGUCCCCCACGGCCACUUCGGGCCCCGGGAACCAGUGUGCCGGCAAUCGAAACGUGUGCUUUUGGCCCGUCACCCAGCAAGUGGUCGUGGCGUGGACCCAAGACGACUGUGCCAAGCACGCGAAUGUGUUUGUCUGGUGCUCAUAGUACCGUAUACUAGUGUAUAUGUAUUGCGACAGGUGAUAUUUCACAACCGGCCGACACUCGUUCUCAAAAUUUUGUUAAUCCAUUGCGUCGUACAAAUUUGAAGUAUAUUCAACAUAUUCACAAGUAAAUAUUAGUUAUUACAGGAGUCGCAAUAGAUUAACCCGUCGCAAUACACUAUACGGUAGGGAUAACUAGGCGAAUACUAUUGAUUUUUAU